GGCGUUUGAAAGUUCUGUUUUACCGACAGAUUCCUGAUUAAAAGGCCCUGAAAAAUUUUGUGGUUAGGAUCUAGCGAAAGUUAUGUGGUGACAAUUGGUUUUAUUUUUUUAAAAGUUGUAAUGGCAUAUCGGCUCUUAAAUAGUGGCAAAAAAUUUGAAAAUUUAUUAUGCAAGACAUUAAAACAUUACAAUGUAAAUAUUCCAAAGAAAAACUAUACUUUUAAAACAGUAUUAAACGAAUGGAGAUUGUUUUGCGAGAAGCCGCCAAAAGGCUUUGAAAAAUAUUUUAAGCCUGGUAGCAAAGAGGCACCAAAAGAUUGUAAGCCCGAAAAUAAAGAAGUAAAAGGAAAAGAUGCAAAACCUAUUCCAGAAAAAGAAUCGGCGCCUAAAGCUCCGCCUCCUUCAUCACAACCAGGGAGUUCUAGGCCAUAUGACCAAUGGUCGUUUGGGUUAUUUGGUGGAACUGGAUCUCGGGGAAGCGGUGGAAAACCUUUUGGAGAAAAUGAAAGAGAUAAAUGGUAUAUUUUAGGAGCCGCUGCAGCCAUUGCAUUCUUAGGAACAGUCACAAUGUGGGAAAUGGGCUACAAAGAAAUUGGUUGGAAAGAAUUUGUCCAUACUUACCUAGCUAGAGGCAUUGUGGAGAAAUUGGAGGUGGUGAAUAAAAAAUGGGUUAGGGUACGCCUAAUGCCUGGAAACACUGUAGAUGGAGCGAGUGUUUUAUGGUUUAACAUUGGUAGUGUAGACUCAUUUGAAAGAAAUCUUGAAAAUGCACAAAUAGAAAUGAAUGUGGAACCGCCAAAUUUUGUACCAGUAAUUUACAAAACUGAAAUUGAAGCUGCAAGUUUGUCAGGAAUGUUACCUACCAUAUUAGUUAUUGGUUUUCUUAUUUACAUGAUGAGAAGAUCAGCAGAGAUGAUGGGCGGUAAAAAGGGCAGAAAGGGGGGUCUCUUUGGAGGAGUUAUGGAAAGCACAGCUAAGCUCAUUAAUUCCAAUGAAAUUGGUGUCAAGUUUAGGGAUGUGGCAGGCUGUGAAGAAGCCAAAAUAGAAAUUAUGGAAUUUGUAAAUUUCUUAAAAAAUCCACAACAGUACAUUGAUUUAGGAGCCAAAAUACCAAAAGGCGCCAUGUUGACAGGUCCUCCUGGUACCGGUAAAACUUUGUUGGCCAAAGCGACAGCAGGGGAAGCAAACGUACCGUUUAUAACCGUGUCAGGUUCGGAAUUUUUGGAAAUGUUCGUCGGCGUUGGUCCAUCCAGGGUAAGAGAUCUUUUCUCGAUGGCCAGGAAACACGCGCCUUGCAUCCUGUUUAUCGACGAAAUUGACGCUGUCGGUCGUAAAAGAGGUGGAAGGAAUUUCGGUGGACAUUCUGAACAAGAAAACACUUUAAAUCAACUCUUAGUCGAAAUGGACGGUUUUAAUACCACCACAAACGUGGUGGUCCUUGCGGCGACCAACAGGGUUGAUAUUUUGGAUAAGGCCUUGUUGAGGCCUGGUCGUUUCGAUCGUCAGAUUUUCGUACCCGCUCCCGAUAUUAAAGGAAGAGCCAGUAUAUUCAAGGUUCACUUGGGACCAUUAAAAACCAACUUGGAUAAGAUUGAUCUUUCCAGAAAAAUGGCAGCGCAUACCCCAGGAUUUACCGGAGCCGACAUCGCCAAUGUCUGCAAUGAAGCUGCGCUGAUUGCAGCAAGAGAUUUAAACGACUCAAUUAAUAUGAAACAUUUUGAACAGGCUAUAGAACGUGUUGUCGCAGGCAUGGAGAAAAAAACCAACGUACUUUCGCCUGAAGAAAAACGUACCGUGGCGUAUCACGAAGCCGGCCAUGCUGUGGCCGGUUGGUUUUUGGAAUAUGCCGAUCCUUUGCUUAAGGUUUCCAUUAUUCCUCGCGGAAAAGGACUUGGUUAUGCCCAGUACUUGCCCAAGGACCAAUACCUUUACACCAAAGAGCAGCUGUUUGACAGAAUGUGCAUGACUUUGGGCGGGAGAGUGUCCGAGGAAAUAUUCUUCAAGAGAAUCACUACCGGCGCUCAGGACGAUCUUAAGAAAGUUACGCAGAGCGCCUAUGCGCAGAUCGUGCACUAUGGUAUGAACGAUAAAGUUGGAAAUGUUAGUUUUGAUAUGCCCAGAGAGGGCGAAAUGCAAUUGGAAAAACCCUAUUCUGAAACAACAGCACAAAUGAUAGACUCGGAAGUAAGGAAGUUGAUAGACUGUGCGCAUAAAAACACCACUAAGCUGUUGCUGUCUCAUAAGGAACAAGUCGAGAAAGUCGCAGAACGCUUGCUGAAGCAAGAAAUCAUAAGCAGGGAAGAUAUGAUUGAGUUAUUGGGAAAGAGGCCUUUCCCAGAAAAAUCUACUUACGAAGAAUUCGUUGAAGGCACCGGCUCCUUUGAAGAGGACACCGCUCUACCAGAAGGCCUGAAGGAGUGGAAUAAGGCUAAAGUUCCUCCACCAACUCCAGAAAAACCUCAACCACAGCCCUAAUUUUUUCAUUGUUUUUUUUAUUAUUAUUUAUGAAGUUAUAAUUUGUAGUUAUUAUUAUUGUACUAUAAUUCCGACAUUGUAAAAUAAUAAAAUAUUUUAAAUAGGCAUAACUGGUUGACGUUUGUGUUAUUUUGAAUGGUACUGUGCUCCAUCCAAAAGUCCCACUUUGACAUUUAAAUACAAAUAGUUGAGUAUGCAUCUCUAUCUGACAGUUUAACGCUAAUUUCGUGUUAUUUUCUAAAAAUACAAUAUAUGCAUUUAACAAUUUUGUGUUUAAAUGAAGACCUGUAUAAACAAAAAAUACAUAUAAUUUAUUAUUUUAUUAUAAGACGAAAUUGGCGUUGAAAUGACAGAUAUAUGACCUCAAUUAUUUGUAUUCAAAUGUUAAAGUAGGACUUUUGGGUGUGGA